AUGGAAGAGGCUCCCAAUUUGUCUACUCCUGCUUCUUAUAUCUUCGACCAUGACGAUGCAACUGCUUCAACCGUUACAAGUGAGAGGCUCUCGGAUGAACUAUUGUUCAUCACAUACGAGAUCGAAAGCACGGUAGCAGAGAUACGGCAGGCGCAAUAUCAAAGGAUAGCUCUUCAGUUUCCAGACAAUUUGCUUCAAGAUGCACCGCGAGUCGUCCGGGCUUUGUCAGGCGGCACACGUUCUACUUAUAGGGAAAGUACUUCUACCAGCUCUGAGGAGCCUGUCUCCAAGCAGGUUUCGACUUCACGACCGAGAUUUUAUAUUCUGGGCGACACAUCAUAUGGCGCUUGCUGUGUCGAUGAAAUAGCCGCAGAACAUGUAGAUGCAGAUGCUGUGAUUCACUAUGGUCGUGCUUGUCUUUCGCCAACUUCAAGGCUACCCAUCAUUUAUGUCUUUACAAAGCAACCGCUAUAUACCCCUAAACAGCUAUAUUCAGAUUUCGCGGACAUAUACCCUGACAAGGGGCAAAAGGUUAUACUGAUGGCUGACGUGACGUAUCAGUAUCUACUGCACGAUAUUGUCACUUCCUUGCAAGGUCAAGGUUACAGUAAUUUGUUUGAAACCGAAGUCCAGCAUGCUCCUUCCUCGCUUCUACCGAAUCGAACGGUCCCUGAAGAUGUACGAGUAGAAACUCACACACUCGGACAGUGGGACCUGUUCCACAUAUCUGAACCACCACAGUCGUUGCUGUUGGCUUUGUCAUCCCGAGUGGCCUCUAUACACAUCUAUCCUACGGAGGCUGAAUCACUAUUUGCAUCAGAGAGGACUUCCCCUGUAAUAAGCACACGGAUGCUGAGUCGACGUUACGCCCUUUUAACCUCAGUAAGCACGGUCUCAGUUUUUGGGAUACUGAUCAACACGCUCAGCUUGAAGAAUUAUCUUCACAUUGUUGAGCACGUCAAGGCCCGCAUAAUAGCAGCAGGAAAAAAAAGCUAUACUUUUGUGGUAGGCAAAAUAAAUGCAGCAAAAAUCGCAAACUUCAGUGAGAUCGGCGCCUGGAUCAUUAUUGGAUGCUGGGAAAGCUCUUUGAUUGACAGCAAAGACUUUUGGAAGCCUAUCGUUACACCCUUCGAAUUGGAACUAGCGCUGCAAAAAGAUGACGAGAGGCUCUGGACUGGGCAAUGGAGCAGCGAUUUUCAGCAAGUUCUCGACUCCCCACUGAGAAGUUGUAGCCAAGAUCAAAGAAGCACGUCGCCCAAGCCAGAAAAUCAGGAAAGCGCACUUGAUGGAGAGCUUGACACCGAACCAGAGUCUCUGCCCCCCGAGUUCGAUUUGAGAAGUGGAAGAUACAUAUCUCACUCGAGACCAAUGCACUCGUCCGGAGUGGGGAAAGGAAAGCCAGGGCCUGCGACGGCGAGCACGGCCCUUUCUAAACGCCAUAAGAGUGACGUUGUUCUAAUGGCUGGAAAUUCACCAGGAGCGGAGUUUCUGCAAAGUAAAAGGACAUGGAAGGGAUUGGGAAGUGAUUUCGAGAUAGCGUACGAGAAUCCAGGUACAGCCAUCGAAGAGGGUAGAAGUGGUAUCGCUAGAGGUUACACACAUUAUGGAACCUCGUCAGCCGUAUGA